UCCAUGUUAAUUUCUGUCAUCCCAAUGUCACCAGUCAGGUUCCAAAGCUCCAGUGCCAAGUAGUGAAUACAGCCUUUCCUGGAUAGGGGCAGGAAAGCUGUCACGAAAUGCCUUUUCAAAUUCAGCAUUUUCUGACUAGUAGGUGUAUCAAUAAAGGGUCCAGGAACUCUUAUUCACUGUUAAUUAAAAAUCAAUUGAAGGGGAAUACUUGCCCCUUUAAGCUUAGCCUGAAAUACAGAAAUAUGGUUCUCAAUAAGUAAUGCUGAAUAUUAGAGUUUAACUUCACAGAAUUUCCUGUGGUCAGUUUUGCUAAUAUUAAUGUAGGAAAAAGCAAGGACUACAAUAAAUAGAAGCUUUUUGAGUAUUUCUGAGUAUUAUGUAAAACUGAGAGUAAACAUCACGUUUUGAUUUGUUAGUAAUCUGUCAGAACCUCUUAAAAUCUGAAAAAGAAAUAUUUUAAACAAAAGAACAGAUUCAUAAUAUUUAUGCUAGGUAGGAGAUGGCCUUAGUCCUCAAUAUGGCCUUGGACACCAUUGUUAUAGGAGUAAUGACAGAAAUGUGACAGAAAUGAUUAAUAAAAUAAAAAAUACAGCUUGACAUGUGUCUUAUCAAAGUGACAGGUUAUUUCUGCUGUCAUUCAUGGAAGUUUAACAAGGAAUGUAAUUUUCCAGUUGCAGGCUUGAGUUGUAGAUGACAUCUUUCAUCUUUUGCUAUUUGUUGUCUAACACUCCUUUUAAGAACCAGGACAAUUUUAAGAAGGCUUUGAAAAAGGAACACAAGAAAGAAUGUAUAAUAAAAGAAAGGGGGGAAAUUGAUUUACAACAGAGAAAACAAUGGGAGCACCAGUAUGGGAGCUAGGAAGUGAGUGCUGGUUUUGCUCUGAACAGUUGAUAUUACCACUUUACCCAAUUCGGGUGAUGUACACAACGUGGCAAGUUAUAUACAGCUGGAAGAGAUGCAUAGGAUUGCCUGAACCUGUGCAAACAGAAGAAAUCAUAAUUAUUUGAAGACAGGUAGAUACUAUAUGGAAAUAGUGAAAGAACAAUAAUCCAUGUAAUACUCACAAAAAAGCAUUACAUGCUGUUCAGGAAAGGCAGAAAAACAAAGGUGUUGGUUAUAUUAAGAACCCGUACCCAAAGAAAAUGAGCAGAAAAUUUUUAAGAAGCUUCACAACUAAUAUUUUCUAUUUUUAUGUUGUUGAGGUUAUGCCUUAACACAGAGUAUGGAGAGCACACAGAGGAUGAAGAUAGUUCCUCAUAGGCAGAAGGAAAAAGUACAAGUUGCCUAAAGUAAAGUUUAUUUGGAUCUUAGAAAUACAUUAAAGUAUAUUUAAACAAUCACUGGAAGUUUUUUGGUUAUCUCAUGAAAAAGGGGGAGGAGAAGUAAAACAUACUCCAAGUGGCAUCUGUAUUAUGGAUAACCUAAUUUAUGUUGCGAAACCAAAAUUUUUAAGAGGGUAUGAAUUCUUCAGCUAUUACACAUGUGUUAUAUUAAAUUGAAGACUUGGUAGAAAAUAUGUUACAGUCUAGUUACAAAUGUGAGCAGAACAGAAAAUAUACCAGAUUUAAGAUAAGGUGAGAAAAAUGGUAAGACAACUAACAGCCCAGAUACCCAUAUGGCUAUCUGUAAUCUUCAAGGUUUUAGGGAACAGAUUUCAAGGAAAACUAAACAAACCUAGACCAAAAAAAAAAAUUGAAUUUGUCAGGAAAACAUAAUGUCAGACUAACCCAAUAGCAUUUUCUGUUAUCAUAACUGGGGUUUUAGGCAAGAGAAAUAUAACUGGCAUGAUCUAUAUGAUAUUUGGUAAGCAUUUGUUAUGGUGUUACAAAAGAAAUUAUUAUUGAAGUGUGAGAAAGUAAAGAAUAGCAGCAAAUCUGUAAAGGAGGCAGGAAACUCAUUCCUGGGGAAAUGAAAAAUAGAGCACUAAAGGAAGGACUGUCAGACUGAGAAAAGUUUAACAGGGGAGGAUUUUGUGGAUCACUCUUGGAAGUGGAUGUUUCUGAUGUUUCAUCCACAGACGUACAAGGAGCAGGAAGAUGGUGACUGCAUUUGUUGAUUACUCAGUGCUGGAAAACAUUGUCAAUAUUGGGAAACAUUCACUACUGCUGAGCUCCAGUCACCACACAGAGGGACCUGUCUGUACUUUAGCAAUAAAAAUACAAUUUCAUUUAACACUAUCAUCAAUAACAAAAAGCCUACCCUAAUCCAUGGACUAUCAUUUAGGAAUUACUGAGAAGAACGACUUGCAUAUAUAUAAUGACUGCAAGUUGUCGAUAAAAUACAUCCAUAAAAAAGACAGAUGCAGAUCUAGUUUUAGAAGAGUUUUUUUCCAGAAUAGUCAGGAAAAUAUCAGUGCCAGUUGACAAUGCCAGCAGCAGAUUUUCAGUUGAGAAUCUUGUACAGAAGAGAGGCAUGGAAACAGCUCCAAAGAAGGAUGAUCAAGGAGAAGGGAAAGUCUAUCUUGCAAGAAGAGACCAAAAGAUUUUGGCUUAUUUCAUUGAGCAGAAUGACAGCUCAGCAGGACCGUAAUCACAGCAUGUAAAUGCAUCAGGGAGAUAAACACCAGAUAUGGAAAAAACUAAAUUAGCUAAGAACAAAACUGGCAUGGAAACAAAUGGAUAUUAACCAGCUGUGAAUAAAUUUAGGUUUGAAAUUAGAAGAAAGUUUCUGAUCAUUAGAGCAAUCAAGACUUUCAGUAGCCUUCCAACUGGAAUAGUGGAAGCAAAAAAACUAAUUACUUUUAAGAUGAAACAGAGUCAGUUUCUGAGAGAUUUGGUAUGACAUGCUGCCUGUGAGACCAGAAGAUUGAACCUCUGAGGAAGGAACAGCACCUUCCUUGUCUUAACAGAAUCACAGAAUGGUUCAGGUGGGAUAGGAACACAGUGGAUCACCUGGUUCUACUUCCCAGCUCCAGCAGGGUCAUCCAGAGCACAUGGUACAGGAUUGUGUCCAGAUGGUUCUGGGGUGUCUCCAGGGAGGAAGACUCCACAUCCUCUCUGGGCAGUCUGUUCCAAUGCACAGUCACUGCACAGGAAAUUUCUUUCUCAUGUUCAGGUGGAACUUUCUGUGCAUCCAUUUCUGCUCAUUGCCUCUUGUUCUGUUGUUUGGCACCAUCCAGAAGAGCCUGGUCCAUCCUCUUGAACCCCUCCUUUUAGAUAUUUAUACAAAUCAGUGAAGUCCCCUCUCCGUUGCCCCUCUGAAGUCCUCUUCAGAAGUCUUUCAGAAAUUGCAUUCUCAAAUUUCUGUGACUUCAGCAGAAACACACCCCGAAUCUGGUUCAGAAAAACCAAAAUACUCAAUGUCAAGAAGUCAAAAGUCUUCGUGUUACAGCUGUGGAAGGUUUGACUGUAUUCACAGCUUGAGUAACCUCCUGCUAAGAGACCCACACAGGCAGUGACAAAUUUGUACCACUUUGCCAAGUCCAAAACAUUAUUUUGUUUAGAGCUGAGCUCCAAAGUUUGAAUAUUCUCUCUGCCAGCUUUCUUAUCAAGUCUCCCACUCUGCUGAACUCAUGGUUUUGCUUCAUCUAAAACCUUUACAAUCAGAGGAAGUGUAUUUCCCCCAUACAGCUAAACUCGAUUUUUAUGUUAGAGACAUUGAAGCCUUUCACCACCGCGUAUUCAUGUGGGCACCGAGGGCUGGAAAUCACCAGCUGUGUCAACAUUGUGUAACAGGAAGCUUAAAUGUAUUUCAAUAAUAACCAAAUUUUGUGUGCAUGAGGAUGUAAACUAGAACCCAUCAGAACCAGCAGGGAUAUUUUCCCUGACGUUGGCUGAGUCAGGACUAAGCUCUUUUUCCGUACUACCACCAGCUCACUUUUCUCUCCUGAGUUCCAGAAGCAAAUGCAUUGGUUAUUAUUUAGAGCAUACGGUCUUCUGUUUUGCAGUUCUGGUCAGGAAAAACUACUGAACUCACUUUGGGCUGUUCUUUUGGAGGGGAUCACAAAGCCACAUCAUAGAGUCGGUGCUCCAUCCCUGUACUGAGUCAGAAUAUUAUUUCUGGAUUGAUCCGGGCUCAUAAAAGUAUCUCAGUAUCUGAUUUCUGGAGUUCCUGUCCCAUUUCAUAUCUGUGAUUUGCAUCUCACCGUGUAUCAGGGAGACAGAUGUCCCUGAACACUCAAUCACAACCUGAUAAUAUCACUGCAGCCUUGCAGCUCUUGGUCAUUAUCAGUUCUGUGCUGUGGUGUACUGAGCAUCACUCUGCUACUCAGAUCUUAGAAGUUCAAGUGUCACACCAGCAAAAGAGUUUCCAAAUAGGUGAGAUCACUGGAUAUUGGCUAAACAAAGAUAUGCAAAAGCAUAUCACUAAAUUGACUGAGCAGGGGAAUAAGUGUUUUUCCUGCCAUUACGCCAAAAAAAUGAAUGGUUUUUUUCUAAAGUGUUUUAUAGUUGUCAAAGAGAAAGCAAAUUUCACUGUCUUUUUCUGAAGUAGUUGCUGACAAAUACCAGAAAUAAAAAUUCGAAUUAAACUCCAAAUAAUUAACUCAGACUCAUUAAUCAUCACAGAAAAACUGUAUAUUCAUGUUGUUGCAUAUAGAUUCUGUGUAUUUGCUAAGCAGCAAGCAAGGCAAUUUUAUGUGAAUUUACAAACAAGUAUUUACUGUUCCUUCAUGCACACAAACAUGCUGGAGUUCCAUCCUGUGUGUCAUUUGCAGAAUUAGAUGGUAGAUGUUACUGAUGUGGCCAACCAUACACGAUAGACAGAGGCUAGAGAGACCAAAAAUAUCAAACCUGAAUUUAGCAAAUGGCUGACACCUAUGUACAAAGUGUUCCUGUAUCUGCAAAUACAAAACACAGCACUAAUAAGGUUUUUAGUGACUUUUUUUACAGCUCUUUUCACAAGGAAAUAGAAUCUUUGGGUUACACUAAUACACAAUAAACAACCAACGUAUUUUUUCAGCUAUGGUGUCUGCAUGGUGCUUUCAGUACAUCACUGCCAACAGGCUGCCUUUGAUUUCUGGACUUUCUUGCUAAAACAACAGUUCUAAAGAUUUAAAAUCACGUCUAGCAUUUCAGACAAGAAGGUUGUUGCUGUCAACUGCACAUUCUUUUGGACAGCAGUCUGCAAGGAGUGCAGUAGAAACAUUUACAUUCAUCUACAGGUAAAAACUUAAAUAAAACAUUCUAGUGUAUGUUUUAUUUUGAAACCACAGAGAUGAUGUCUGUCUGUCAUUCCCACUUACCUGACAAUUAAAUACACAUGUAUCAAAGAACUGCAAAUAUUUUACAAAAUACUCUAAGUUUACUAGUCAAAGACAAUUUCAGAUUUUUCAUGGUUUUUUUUAUUAUUCUUUAUAGCUGACACUUCUUGAAAAGGAACAGAGUCACUGCUUGUGAGUUCAACCACACUUGGGAUUUUUUUCUCGUCAAAUUGUUUUCAUAAAGGAAAAAUAUAUUACAGACAUUGCAUUUAAUUCUACUUGAUUUAUGUUUACAGGAUCACACUAUCUAAGAGGAAAAGCAAUUAUUUAGUGUAGGUAACCAUUUGUUUCUCUGCAGCUUUAAUUUUGUGCAGUCCCUAGAAGUUGUGUUUAUUGAUAGCAAAAUAAUGUUUGAAAUUUGAGAAGUAUGGUUUCCAGAGGAAAUCCAUUGCAGAUUUCUGUCCUGUGUCACUUUCUUAUUAAUACUUAAUAAGAAAUUAAUUCAUACUUAAUUAAUACUGGCUGAGAACCAUGGCAGCAUGUAUGUUAAAAGAUACCAUCCAGUUAUGGCAAGUGCUUUUGUUUUUAAUUACUGAGGCACUGUUUUAUUCUUAUAAAAAUUAAAAUCGUCUUAAAAAUAACUUUUUUGCCAGAUUUCACUCAGAAACUGGAGUGUAACUGCAUGGUACAGGAUUCAGUGCCCUGCACAUAACUGAGUUAUUAGGGGAGUUGGUAAAUACAUAACAAUAAUGCAAUCCCAAAUUCGAAAGGGCUCUCUUCAAAACAUGGAAACAUGGCCAAGUAAAUUUGGCUCUUCCUUCUGGGAUAUUGCUGAUAGGACAUGGACAGAAGAAUAAUUCAUGGGAGGGAAGGGAGGCAGAUGGGUAUCACAAUAACAGAGAACCCUGAAUGGGUAAGGAAAACUGAGAACAGCAGAGGAGCUCUGAAGCAAAGUCCAGCUGGGAGCAUCCUGCCCAGGAGCAGCACGGUGCUGGAAAGGGAGGCAGGAUGGCACAGCUGAACCCCAACCACAGAGGCUGAGGAGGAGGAGGAAAAUCCCAUUCUGAGCCAGGCUGAAUGAGGGGUCAGAGUUUUAGGAGCGGAGCUUGUUGAACAUGUGUUCUAGCAGAUAGCACAGCCCCCCUCUGUGAUUUUAUCCAUUGGUUCUACGAAACUACAACAAUUUUUUUUGCACCACUGUGUCGCAGUAUAAUCCCAUCUAUGUCUGGCUAAUGAACUGUAAUGCAAUUCAUUCAAUGCUUUACCUCAUAACUGUUGUAUACUCCAAAUCCAUAACAAAAGAAAUGGAGUCAAUGGAAAAGCACUGUGAGGCCACUCUUGAUUUCCACAGAUCAGUUUGCUGCACUGGGCCACACCAGCAGAGUCUUCAGGAUCAAGCUGACCUUGCUGGAUUUGCUGUUGCUUACAGUGAAAGAUUUCUCCAUCUAGCUUCUCCAUUUUUCAUAUAUAAUGCAGAAAAAAUUACAAUGUAUUGCUCCUAGCCUUUUUUCUAAAAAAAGGUGAUUUGGCUUCAGGAUGGCUUUGUAAUAACAUGAUAAUUCACAUAACAUGAUAAUUAUAAGAGGACAAGGAACAGACUGGUAUUGAUAUAUUGCAAAAAAGCAACUGCUGUACUGAUCUAGGUAUUCAAAGUGGUUUUUCAAGAUACAGACUUGUGAAAAGGUAUGAAGCAGAAGAGUUCGUGCAAAGCAGUAGAACCAGUUUGAGUAACUUUUAGAAAAAGGCUGGAAUGGAGGGGACUGUCAGGAACACAGAGCACAAUACUUGGAGCAUGGAAGGGAUCUUAGCAUGGUAAUUAGCACACAUAUCAACUGGAAACUUUGAAGAACAUAGUGAGACAACCUUUUCAAAGACUGACCUGAUGAAAGAGUUAAAGGUCUCAGUAAUUUUCUAGAGAAUUAAGAUAUUUUAAUCUCCAUACUACACUCAGAGGAAACACUUAAGUGGACACAGGAAUUUAAGAUUAAUUCUUUUAUAUGUCUUGGGACACAUCCUUGCCCAUGUGAUUGUCAGUUUAUUAUAGUGGCAAAAAGCAGCUGUGAGAGGGGCCAGGCAGUGGACACACAUGGCCCCAGGUGCUGGAACACGUCUAUGGGAGAAGGAAUAUGCCAAAGGCAUCCUGAAUAUCACUGUGGUCACCAGCUGCUUUAACAGCUGGUAUAAAUCUUAUCCUGCCCCGUGGGCAGGGGAUGUGUACAUUCACUUCACCCUCUUUUCUCAAGCUGUGUUAGGAAUGACAGUUUCAACAAACCUGCUGUUAAAGACCACAGUUUUUGCUUUAAGUUGUUCUCAGUUCUGAACACAGUUCUUUGUCAUUAGACUGUGUGAGCUGUAGGCUGCUGCUUGUAGAAUCCCAGACCAGCUCUCCAGGGAGCAUCAACAAUCUCUCAAAAAAGGUAAUAAGGAAAGAUGUGAUACUUGGACUUCAGUUUCCUAGGGAUUCUUGUUUAGGAGGAGAAAGGAGUCCCAGGUUCCUUCUUCCUCUUUAGGCUGCACUGCCUUUAGAGCUAUUACUACUAAUGAUACCAAAAAUUAUCUGUAGUGGAUCUUAGAGAUGGAAAAUAGAAUCAAAUCAAAUAGAUCUUGAGUGGAAUAGAUCACUGCAAGCUGCUGAGCUAUACCGCACCCUGACAUCUGCACAGUCCCUUUUAGUUCAAAGGAUGAUACAGAUGUAAUUAGAAGAGAACCUGAUGGAAGAUAUUAAUAAUAAAAGCUAAAUAAAAUAAUGUUAUGGAUUAAUAUUGAGAAGCUAUUUAGGAAUAAAGGAAUUUUUUUCACAAAAUGCUGAAAUAAAGAAACCAUUAAAUCCAAUUAUUUUAAGAGAAAGCUACAUUGCUUUUUUAGGAAAAAGAGAAUGAACAGAGGGCACUGCUGCUGGCUAGGUGUUUGUUAAUUUUUCAUGUGAAUUUAUUGCAUAUGUAAGUGAUUGAAUUAGUAGCACUGACAGGAACCCAGGCAUGGUAAAAGCUUCCUGCUACUGACACAGCAGUGCUCAAGCUGUGCACUCCUGACCAUUAGCAGUCCUGCUGUGGGAGCCCAGGGCUGGCUCAGCUCAGGCUGCAGAGCUCCCUGGAACGGGACCGAGCGCGGCGCCCUCCGGAACCAGGGCUAGCAUGAGACCACUCCACUCUUUUAGAUUAAUGACCUCAUUUGGACUCUGAUGCCAGGCUCCAGGGAAGAAAGUCCAGUGCAAGAUAAUAUGCUACCAAAAUACUGCAAGGCAGUAGGUGAAACCUUGAAGAAAAAGUGGCUCUGUCUUCAAAAAAGUGACCUGACCUUUGCUUUGGGCAAAGGCGCUAGGGCGGCCGAUAAGGCUGUGGCCAUGGUGAUGAAGGAGAUUCCGAGGGAGGAGUCUGCAGAAGAAAAGCCCCUCCUCACUGUGGCAUCCCAGGGGUGCAGAAGCCAAAAGGAAGCAGAAUCGAGUGAAAAACUGGUGAAUGAGCAACAGGAGAGCAGACCCCUCCUGAGCCCCUCCAUUGAUGACUUUCUCUGUGAAACUAAGCCAGAAGCUGCUGCCAGGCCUGUAACAUCGAAUACUGCAGUAUUAUCAACAGGUCUGGAUCUCUUGGAUCUUAGUGAACCUGUCUUACAAACCCAAAACAAAGCAAAGAAAUCAGAGAAUCCUUCAAGGACUGAAGGCUUAAAAGCUUCAACCCACAGAAAGAAGACAGAGAAUCCUGACCUGAUCAGUGUGGAUUCUGAGCAGAAAGUCCAGGCUGCCAGAGGUGCAGACAAGUCUUCUCUAGAUUUAGUUGAUAUUCAGACACAGAUAGAGAAGUGGGAUGAUGUCAGUUUUCAUGGAGACAGGAGUAGCAAGGCCCACCCUUCUGCAGAGCGAACAUCUUCAUCAUCCAGAGCUCCAUCAAAAGAGAUUUUAUGGUCCACAGAAAACAGAUCACAGUCUGAGCUGACUAAUGUCAAGAGUGCCUUGGACUCUGAUUCAGCAUCAGAAUUAGAGCUUGCACCUUCAAUACAGGUGGGGGAGCAGUGUGGUCACAGGACUUUUUCCUGCUGGAAAAGGAACUCUAAUACGGAGGGCUCUGGGCUAAAGGCACGGUCAAGUAAGGAGCAGCGUUGGGGAACACCUCUUCUCUCCAGAAAUCACUCCUUGGAGGAGGAAUUUGAAAGAGCAAAGGCAGCUGUUGAGUCUGACACAGAGUUUUGGGAUAAAAUGCAAGCAGAGUGGGAAGAAAUGGCUCGCAGAAACUGGAUUUCAGAGAACCAGGAGGCACCAGGGCAAGUCACCAUCUCGACCAUCGAGAAGGGUUAUUAUUUCCACACUGACAAUCCCUUCAAAGACUGGCCUGGUGCUUUUGAGGAAGGACUGAAAAAAAUGAAGGAAGGUGACCUGCCUGUUACAAUCUUAUACCUGGAGGCUGCGAUUCUCCAAGAGCCCAACGAUGCUGAGGCCUGGCAGUUCCUGGGUAUAACACAGGCAGAAAAUGAAAAUGAGCAGGCAGCCAUCGUGGCCCUCCAGAGGUGCUUGGAACUGCAGCCAAACAACCUGAAAGCUCUGAUGGCCCUGGCUGUGAGCUACACCAACACUGGCCAUCAACAAGAAGCCUAUCAAGCCCUGAGAAACUGGAUAAAGCAAAAUCCAAAAUACAAGUACAUAGUGAGAAGCAAAAAAGGGUCCCCAGCACUUACAAGGAGGAUGUCUAAGACAGCAGAUGAAAGCUCAUUACUUGAAGAAGUCAAGGAUUUGUACCUGGAGGCUGCUCACCAGAAUGGGGAUAUGAUAGACCCUGACCUGCAGACAGGACUUGGGGUUCUUUUCCACCUGAAUGGAGAAUUUAACAGAGCAAUAGAUGCAUUUAGUGCUGCUUUAACUGUUCGACCAGAGGACUAUACGUUGUGGAACCGCCUUGGGGCAACCUUGGCAAACGGGGACCGCAGUGAAGAAGCUGUGGAGGCCUACACACGAGCCCUGGAGAUCCAGCCUGGCUUCAUCAGGUCCAGAUACAACCUGGGGAUAAGCUGCAUCAACCUAGGGGCAUACAGAGAGGCUGUCAGCAACUUCCUCACUGCUCUCAGUUUGCAAAGGAAAAGCAGGAAUCAGCACGUUCCCCACCCUGCUCUAUCAGGCAAUAUUUGGGCAGCACUUCGGAUUGCUCUGUCUAUGAUGGACCAGCCAGAACUAUUUCAAGCUGCCAAUGUGGGUGAUCUAGACAUUCUCUUAAGAGCUUUUAAUCUAGAGCCCUAAUAAAAAGGAUUCACAAAUUGAUUAAAUUGUAUUAGGAAACAGAGAACUUUUUUAUUACUCAUCCCCAAAUGACCACAUUUUCCAGAAGAUCAUGACUGUAGAUCAGUAGGGGAAUUCCUUCAGACAUUAUUCAUAAAGGGAAAGUUCAAAAGCACAAAAAUAGUGUAAAUAAAUCCAAACUCAAAGGGUUGAAAUGAGCUGUGGCUAAUUGGACAAAGCCCUGAACUAGAUGAAAUAGCAAUUUCUGAAGAAUCUCCAUCCCAUGCAAGCUAUAUCUCUCUGUAUACAUACAGCUGUAAAAAGAAAAGUAUCUUAAGAAGAAACCUAGAUAAUGGUUAUUGCACCUUAGAAUGGCAAGCAGUGCAUCCAAGGAACCUGCUUAGUAGCUCAUUGCACUAUGCUGACACCACUUUGCCCCACAGUGGGGAUUCCCUAUCCCUUGGUUUCUCUGAUGAAAAAAUCUUCCCAAGGUCCAUUUUUAACACAGCUCUGAAAAUAGAUGCAUGUAAAAGGGAUGUGUUUUGUUUCGAAUGUAUUUAUUAGCUGGCAAUCAAUUUCUUGCUUCCAAAGGUACCUGGAUUAAUUUGGGCCCAGUUCUGCAGGCUCAUAAAGCCAUGUGCAACGUCAGGAGGAACAUAGUCCAUGCAGGGCUAUGGGAUGAGGCCAGGUACAUUUGGGGAAGCCAAGGGUAGCCAGCAGAAGAGGCAAUUUGCACUGGAAUUGCUGCUGUUCAAACCAGCUGUCCUUGAUCUGGGACAGGCUGAAGGAGCUCAUGGCAGGGUCUGCACCUUUCUGUGUACUUAUGCACUUUAAUCUUUCUUUUUGUAAAAUAGUGCUAUGCUUUUCUUUUAGUCACCAACAAUGGAAUGUACAGGAUGGCCUUGUUGACAGAGAGGACCAAAUAUAACUACCUGAAAUGUAAUGAGAGGGUUUUCAAUAUUUUUAUGUUUAAAAAUGCAAAUACAGUAUAAACUGCUUUAACAGCUAGAAAGAUGAUUAUAUGCAUCCAUCAGGUACUGCACAUAUACAUGCAUGUGCAUGCACAUACAUGUUGUAUGCAAAUGAUGUCAUUUCAGAACAUAAACAAGCUACAGAUCUUCAUUGCAAAUGAA